AUGGUGGCUGCAUACAACCAGUCCCUUCCAAUUCUCACGUUGCUGCUUGAUGCCGGUGCCGAUGUGAAUCUGCCACUGGGUGUUCUCGAUUCAGAGACAUGUGAGGAGGCUCGCUGUGUAGGGUCCGGUGCACUGGUGGAAGCGACCCGAUCUGAUGCUGUUCAUAUAGUGCAUUACCUGUAUGACAGAGGUGCCCUCGAUACCGACAAUCGAGCAUUGCGCCUUGCCGCUAAGAAUAACAAUUUGAAGCUGGUACGGGUGUUCCUAACGCGCCUUGUAUUUCCUGAUCCAGAGUACAAAGUCAACAAAAAGAACGUUGACGUUGGACAGAUCCAAGUUGGCCAGAAUCUGCUUCCCUCAUCGCUGUGCCCGUCACGCGCUGCAUCUCUCAACUGGGGUUCAGCUUCAUUAGAAGCUGUGCAAUCUGACUGGUUUGUAGCCGCUGCGUUACAGGUUAAUCCCAGGUUGCGCACAACGAGGUUGUCCCUUGCUGCUAUCACACGGGUAGAUCUUUCAUGUAAUCAACUCACUACAUUCCCCUCUAUUUUAUUCCAAAUGCCUUCCUUAAGAUCUCUGAAUUUGGCCGAGAAUCUCAUUGCUGCUAUAGAUAUGCCGGGUUUCUAUGUUACCUCUACAUCGCUAGAAAUU